GGGUAUUACUGAAGGAUUACUUGAAGCUCACCAAUCCACUGCAAUCACCAGCGUGCAGAUCAUCCUCCACUUCUUAUUGGCUUCUCCCCGUACAUUCUGAUCCAUGAGGAUCCAUGCGACCCAUCGAUUAUUUGCAAAAACGCAUCAUGUCCACCCACAUGAGACCGCUCCCCUCCAUUCCCCGCCAUUUGUACGGAGGAGAAUACGCCCACCGUACAGUCUGCUAUAGAAUCAAAUAAAUGGUCCAUCCUGCCCAUAGGAAGACAUCAUCAACAUUCUCUCUCCAGUAACUGCAAGCGCUUUUCCUUUCAUCACUCCCAGUGGAUCGUCAAUUGCGCCCAAUUUCCACGGGCCGCCAUGCCCGUUUUCACCGAAUACGCCGCCGCGUCGCGCGAGCUACGCGUUCUUCCUUCUUUCGCUCCCCCGCUACCACGUCUCACUCCGAAACCACAGCCAGGUGGCAAGAACGAGAGAUAUGAGGUGGUUAUCGUCGGAGCUGGUCCGGCAGGACUCAUGCUUGAGCUCUUACUCGCUCGAUAUGGACUGAGCGACGAGUCAUUGCUGUGUGUGGACGCCAAGCCGACCACGCUGAAGUCAGGCCAGGCCGAUGGCCUACAACCACGGACUUUGGAGACACUGAAAUCGCUAGGAUUGGCCGAUGAGAUUCUCACCGAGGGUUGUCAGAUGUGGCAGGUCGCAUUCUGGAACCCUUCAAACGACAAAGACAAGAUCAUCGAGCGUACUUCUAUCGUGCAAGACGUCGCCGUACCCGCACGAUUCCCCCACGAAGUCACAAUUCACCAAGGUCGCAUUGAGCGGAUUCUGGAAACGGAUCUGCUGCGCUACUCGAAACGCGGCGUGCAGCGAAAUACCAAACUGAUCGAUGUGAAGAUUGACGAGGCAGGGGAUGCAGAGUUCCCCGUGGUUGCCGAGAUAGAAACCGAGGGCCAACGUCGGACCGUGCGCACAAAAUACUUGGUGGGAGCUGAUGGUGCUCACUCCGUCGUAAGACGCUCCAUGGGACUCAAGUUGGAGGGCGAAUCCCUGGAUCACAUCUGGGGCGUCGUCGACUUAAUCGUUGACACGGACUUCCCUGAUAUUCGGCGUCGCUGUGCGAUUCACUCGCCCGCGGGUUCAGUCAUGGUGAUUCCUCGCGAGCGCAUUGCUACUGGUGACUAUUUGACGCGGUUGUAUGUGCAAGUACCGGGCGAUGUCAAGCCCGACAGUGAUCAACAAACGACGGAGAGCUCCACUGCCGCCCCGACGGCGGAUGCAAGAGCUCGCCGCAGCCAGGUAACAGAAAAAACCAUAUUCGACAACGCGGCAGCGGCAUUCAAGCCUUACUAUAUUCGUCCGAAGACGGAUGGGGCUGUGGAUUGGUGGGCAGCAUACCAGAUCGGCCAACGUGUGACCGACAAGUUCUCCGUCAAGGAUUCAAAGGGUGUGAACCGAAUUUUUAUUGCUGGUGAUGCCUGUCACACGCAUAGCCCCAAGGCUGGUCAAGGCAUGAACGUAUCAAUGAUGGACUCUUAUAAUCUGGCCUGGAAACUAGCUUACUGCAUUCACGGGCUCACUCCAGAGAGCGCUCUCGCCCAGCCUGACCCGAUUCUUGACACCUAUCAUACAGAGCGCCACACCAUUGCACAGGAAUUGAUUGAGUUUGACCGUGCAUUCUCGUCAAUGUUCUCCGGAAAGAUUGGCGCCUCCAAAGAUGGCGUUGAAACAUUGACACAUGAAGAGUUCCUUGAAGUAUUCAGUCGAGGAAACGGCUUCACCAGCGGCUGCGGAAUCGAAUAUCCGGAGAAUAUGGCCGUGGAUCGGACCCUGGAUGGUGAGAAGAAUCCGGUCAGCGGCACGGAUUAUCUGUCUGGAAUCCUGCGACCGGGACGGAGACUGUUGAAUGUGCGUCUUGUUCGACAUGCAGAUGGCUAUCGCCGUGAUCUUCAAGACGACUUUGCAUCCACUGGCCGCUUCCGAAUCUUAUGCCUCACAUCCUCAGACUUCCUAGACCAGCAAGGAACCUCAUAUAAGACUCUGACAUCACUGGGCUCAAUUAUUUCUCAAUUCCCGCAAUCAAUGCUGGAGCAGGUGGUUAUUCAUCCUCGUCUACCGAGAGAGUUCAUGUGGAAUGAUAUCCCACACGAGGUGAAACGAUAUUCGGAAAUGUCGUUCUACAGCGGGUAUGAGAUAGAUGAUUGUUAUGGUAUUUACGGGGUUAACCCGAGCAAGGGUGCGCUUGCUGUCGUCAGGCCUGAUGGAUAUGUUGGUGUUUUGGCCGAGCUGGGCGAUGUAAAGCGUAUCGACGAAUAUCUGGGCAGAAUGAUUCGUCGAAACUAGGUAGAGAUAAUUCGAAAUGAAACCUGGCACGUCAACAAGAGAGCUCAACUCUCGCAUGAGGCUAGUGAUUAAUCGAAAGCCUAGAGCUCCCGAUCGUGAGCGCAUUGCUAGGCGUGCUGAAGGGAAAUCCCAAAUUGACGAAUUCACCGAACCCCUCGACAAUGUCCGUCCCAUAUUGGCUGUUAAUUUCCCGAUUAUACAGCGAAUGACCUUCCGAUGAAGUUCGGUGAAUGAUUCAAGUACUCUUCUGGUCUGUCUAUAUAAUGAGGUACUUGAGAUCAAAACUUGACAUACUUAGCUACUUUGCUUUGUAGAUAUCCUGCUUUGGC